CGUCAAAACAAAGCAACACGACCGAUGCUGAAGGUCACAGACUACCAUGUGAGGUGUAGAGUGGUGUCCCGCUAUGCUGUAACCACGGUCCAGAGUUCAGUAUGGAACCAGCUCCCCGUCACCAAAGAGGCUGCGUUUGAGGUGGACCUCCCCACCUCCGCCUUCAUCUCCAACUUCACCAUCACCUCCAACGGCAAGGUGUACGUGGCCCAGGUGAAGGAAAGAGCUGCCGCCAGGAAAAUUUACGACGCUGCUAAGAAGCAAGGGAAAACAGCCGGACUCGUUGCUACCAAAGAAAGGGAGAUAGAGAAGUUUCGUGUGGCGGUGAGUGUCCCCCCAGGAGCUCGGAUGUUCUUCUCUCUGUCCUACGAGGAGCUGCUUCCUCGUCGACUCGGCCGCUACGAGCUCAGUCUGGGUCUGAGGCCCGGGCAGCCCGUGCAGAACCUCACCCUGGACGUCAGUAUAACAGAGCGGACGAGCAUCAGCUUCCUCAAAGUGCUUCCUCUCAAGACGAGCCGCCUGCUCUCCAACACGGCUCAAGGUGACACCGAUGCCCCCGCCUCCACUCAGGUUGAUCAGAGCGGUGGCUGUGCUCGAGUUCGCUACACUCCCUCUCUACAGCAGCAGAACAGCGUCUCCUCCAAAGGCCUGAAUGCUGACUUCAUCAUUCAGUACGAUGUGGACCUCAGAGACCUCAUGGGAGAAGUCCAGGUGUACGAUGGCUACUUUGUGCAUUACUUUGCACCCAGAGGACUUCCUGUGGUUCCUAAGGAUGUGAUAUUUGUCAUUGACAUCAGCGGCUCGAUGAUAGGCACCAAGAUAAGACAGACUAAACAAGCCAUGGGCACCAUCCUCGGGGACCUGAGAGAGGGAGACCACUUCAACAUCAUCACCUUCUCAGACCGGGUUCACACCUGGAAGAAAGGACGGACAGUGAGGGCGACUCGGCAGAACGUACGAGACGCCAAAGACUUUGUGAAGAGGAUUAUUGCAGAAGGAUGGACCAACAUCAACGCCGCUCUGCUUUCUGCUGCCCAGCUCGUCAACCCAUCAUCCGCUCCCUCUUCCAACCACCUCCCGCCCCGUCGCGUCCCUCUGGUGAUUUUCCUCACAGACGGGGAGGCGACCAUCGGAGUGACCGCCGGUGACACCAUCCUGAGCAACGCCAAGAAGGCUUUGGGCUCGGCCUCUCUGUUCGGCCUUGCCUUCGGCGACGACGCUGACUACCUCCUCCUGAAACGCCUGGCUCUGGAUAACCGAGGCGUGGCUCGGAUGGUGUACGAAGACGCAGACGCCGCCCUGCAGCUGAAGGGAUUUUACGAUGAAGUGGCGAGCCCUCUGCUGUCAGACGUCCAGCUCACGUACCUGGAUGAUCAGGCGUUUGAUAUCACCCGCUCUCUGUUUCCAAACUACUUCCAAGGAUCUGAGCUGGUGGUCGCUGGGAAGGUUAAACCAGGAGUGAAGGAUUUGAAGGUUUCCAUGUCGGCCACUGAUCUGAAGAAGCACGUCAAGCUGGAGAACAAUGUUCUGAUUUCUAAUGCAGAGAGUAACAGCAGUGCAGACUCUCUCAACUGUUCAGGAGGUUUGGAUGGAAUCUCUAACUUCGUGCACCGUCUGUGGGCGUAUUUCACCAUUAAGGAGCUGCUCCUCGCCAAACUGAACGCCACGGACCCUGCAAUGCAAAGGUUACUGGCUGAAAAAGCAACCAACCUAUCCCUCAAAUACAACUUUGUGACACCGGUUACAUCUUUAGUCGUUGUUAAGCCGGAUGAAGAUGAAGCAGCUCAAAGUCCAACCACUACGAAACCCACAACCACCGCCGCUACACUCACAACGGCAACGACAGCCAAAACAUCGGGCGCUGCAAAGAAGCUCGGCUCAUCCACCAAACCUAUGAAAACAAAACCACACCCUCCUCAGCCGCCUCCAAAUACACCUUUAAUGAAAAGAAUCUUAACUUCAACAGUGAAAACAGCUACGUCAGCACCCAAGAAAACCACAACAACCCCAAGUCCCACCACAGUCAAAACCGCCCCUGCACCAUUCGUGGGUAGAAAGCCAACACCUCCUCAGAAUGAGUCUAAAUCUGCCUCACCUCCUCCUCCUCCUCCUUCUGGUAAGAUUCCCACCUUCCUCCUGAAUGUGCUGAAAACAGCACCACCUCCUGCACCUGGAAAGGUCUCCACCCCCCAGCCUGGCACUUUCAAACCAAUCACAACAGCCACUCAAAUGUCAUCAUUCACCACCAGUCCUGCACCUACAGGGAGGACUGACCCUGCUACCCCGCCUGGGAAACCCCUCACGCCACAGCCCGGUCCGGUCAGAGUUCACAUCUCCUCCUCCAGAGAGGCAGAAAACAGCACCACAUCUGCUCCACCUGUCCCUCAGCCUGAAACCACCACACCGCCCGCUCUGCUCAGGCCGUCGUCCCCGCUCACCUCUCCCACCCCGGCUCCUCCUCCAGCUGUCGAAGACAACGACACAAACCUGGACACAGACGUGAGGAUCGCCACCUUCGUGUCGGCCACGUUUGCCCCCAUGCCCGGCGUCACGGACGGGCCAAGACCGUGGGAGGCAGCGGGGCUUCUGGAUGUCUCUACUUUCAUUCAGAGAAAAGAUAUCGAUCUUGUGAAAGAUUAUGAUGCAACCUAUGACUACGACUACGAUCUGAACUAUGAUGCCUGGGACGAUACUGCAGACACAGAAUCAUUCGAAUCCUCGUCCAGAUUGAGCACCGUGCGGGUCUUCUCCUCAUCAGUGGAUGGAGAUCCUCACUUUGUGCUCCAGCUGCCAAAGCUUCAUCAGAGUCUGUGCUUCACUGUCGACGGACGAGCCAACGAUGUUCUCAGACUGCUGGAGGAUCCAGAGAGAGGGCUCAUUGUGGACGGACACCUCAUGGGCGCUCCCUCCAAACACGGCGUUGAAGACAGAUCCCGGACGUAUUUCGACCAGCUCACCAUUUCCUCGGCCACAGGCGGCUCGGGUGACAUCAUGAUCACCCUCUCCCUGGACGCCGUGGUGGUGGAAGGGGAGGGGCGGGACAUCCUCCCCAUCACUCAGCAGGGAUCGGUGACGAGGCAGGGUGUGACGGUUACUGUGGACAACCAUCGGAGCUGCUGGAUCGAGCUGGCCAGGGAUUUGCGCUUCCUGGUCCUUUUCCACCACUACAAACACCCCAGCUACCUGCAGAUGGCUCACCUGGGAUUCUACAUCACCAACGGACGGGGGCUGUCUGCUUCAACACAAGGAUUACUGGGCCAGUUCCAGCACGCUGACCUGAGUGUUACUGCAGUAAAGGAUCAUCAUGAGGGAGUUGCUCGCAGAGAUAACACCUCAGCCCGGGGGAUCCUGAGAUGGGGUCCAGAGCACAUGGCAGUCACUUUACAAGACAAGGUGCUGAAAGACUCGGUGCAGAAACGCCACACAGGCAAGUGUUGGGUUGUUCCCAAAGCAGAGGUAGAGAGACUCCUGGGUCACCCGUACGAGAGCUACGUGGUGGAUCAUGUGUAACUCUAACCGGGGAGGCUCCACCCUGCUGCACGGCUCAGGUCACAGCAGGUAUCAUGGCGGGUUAACGGACAAAAGAGGAGCAAAAAGCGGGACUCUGCGGUGCUGAAAUGUUGCUUUAAUAAUCUGUAGAGGAGAGCGGUUACAGAGAGGACAGAGGGAGACACAGCUGAGACGUUUGUUCAACAGAUACAGUGACGGACUGAAUGAUGGUGCUGUUCUCCUUCUUUGAAUUUGAAUCGAAUUCAAGCUCCGUGUUUCUGUGUCUGUGACAGAGACGCAAUGUUCUCCAUGUUGCAUGGCAACAAAAGUCUGUUUGUGCUGCAGCAGAAAAAGAAGCACACACUCUCUCUCCUCCUAACUUCAGAGAUAUUUAUCAGAUUAUUCUUAAACUUCAUCCUGAGAGGGUCAGAUUCUUGUACUUCAGAAUCAAGUGUAAUUAUUAAAGCUGUACCGGUUCUGUAAGUUGUAUUUUUGAAGUGUAUAUAAAAUAUUAUUGUAUGUAUGUGUAGAUACUCCUCCAACAAAAGGUUCCUCGCCUGGAUAUAAGACUGUUAAAGCAAGAAAACAAACCAAAACCUUCCAGGUUUGCCAUGUGCUUUUUAUUUUUCUAUCAUUUCAUUCAUAGUUUAAUUCAUUUUAUUUGUUACACAAGACAUUAGGCAUUGUUCACAUACUAGUGAUCAAACAAGGACAGUAAGUUUUCUACUACUCAGCCUAUUUCUUUUGUCAAAUUCAAGGGAUAUCGUCAAUAAUAGUGGUUUCCAAAGGCCCAAAGUGGAUGGAAAUUAAAACAGUACAACCACA